GUUGUGAUAAACUUAUUAAAUAGAUCUGCAAUGGCGGCUGCUCAGAAGGUGGCUGGCUUCAUCGGCCUCGGCAACAUGGGCUCAUUAAUGGCACGCAACAUGGUCAACAAAGGUUAUCAGCUCGUCGUAUACGAUGUCUCCAAGUCGGUCACUGACAAAUUUGUCUCGCAGGGAGGGGCCUCGGCAGCUUCCAGUCCUUCUCAACUGGCGGAAAUGUGUGCGGACAAGCGAGCCAAUGCCAUUCUGUCCAUGGUACCAGAGGGCAAACACAUGAGAGAGGUCUACUUGGGGUCGGACGGGGUUCUCAAAGGUGGUCCAAACAAAGACACUCUUUUGCUGGACUCCUCAACAAUAGACAUAGACUCAGCCCAACUGGUCCAUAAAGAGGCGGCCAAAAAGGGUUUCUCUUUCCUGGACUGUCCGGUGUCUGGAGCAGUUCCAGCAGCCAAAGCAGCCACUCUCACAUUCAUGGUUGGAGGCGACAAAGAGAAGUAUGAAUUGGCCAAGGAGGUUCUGCAACCGAUGGGACAGAAGUUCUUCCAUUGUGGACCAGUCGGUGCAGGACUGACAGCAAAGAUUUGUAACAACAUGAUGCUGGCCAUAUCAAUGAUUGGAACCUCAGAGACAUUGAACCUCGGCAUCAGGAUGGGACUGGACAAGAACCUAUUGACUGAAAUCCUCAGUGUGAGCAGUGGAAGGUCAUGGUCUGUGGAUACCUACAACCCAGUUCCAGGCGUUAAACCCAAUGUGCCAGCCUCCAAUGAUUACAAGGACGGAUUUGGAACUGCACUCAUCACUAAGGAUUUGGGUCUGGCACAGCACGAGGCAACUAAAUCGAAGAGUGCCACACCUCUGGGAUCCAUUUCGCACCAGAUCUACAGGACCAUGUGCGCACAGGGAUACGGCAUCAAGGACUUCUCAGUCAUAUACAAAAUUCUAUCCAACGACAAACAAUCUCUAGACGACUGAAUGAACUUUGGAAUUUUUUUGGAAAAACUAACGUUGGAGGCAAUCUCAAAAGCAAUGUUAACUUAUUAAUGUAAAAGAAAUUUGUAACGGAGGAUUCGUUAGUUUGUAUUUCUGCUGUCGACUUGUAUCUUCUUUUCUAUCUAGCUAUUUAUUUGGAGAAUUUAUUUUUUUUAUCAUCA